AUGUCACUGGAUAUACUAGCUGAAUCCAUACUUCAUCAACGAGAUCCAUCAAGAUUGUCAAACUCACAACAUUCCAACGCGUCCUCAUCAACCACCCGGCAACCAACAAAUCGCACAUCAAUUGCGACAAAUAAUUACACACAGGUAUAUCGUGUAUCAACAACAACAGCAGCAGCAGCAGCAGCAGGAGGAGGACUUAAGCGUGCUAGACAUAGUGAAGAUUCAGAUGAUCCAUUCAAAGACAAGUCACAAGGCAACACCAAAGCUGAUCCAAAUGACUUCAAAUUGCUGCAGCAUAGCUUUAACAAAUCAUUUCUAAAGAAUCAGAACCUACUAAACUCACCUGGAGUUCGAUCGCAAGAGGUUCAUGUAUCUCAUUCACAGCUCUAUCAAGGCUCAUUACAAGACCUGUACCAGCAGCAGCCACAUCGUCAUCAUCAGCAUCAACAACAGCAACAACAGCAACAACAACAGCAACAACAACAACAGCAGCAACAACAACAACAGCAGCAACAACAACAACAGCAGCAGCAACAACAACAACAACAGCAACAGCCAAAACACAUUGUGUCUUCGGCAUCUCAAAUACAGCGACCACUAGCUCCAUUCCAGGAAAAAUCGUAUGUGGUGGAACAGCAACAAGAAGAAGAUGAAGACGAAGUUUCCCUUGAAGUCCUUGAAGAUAUGCAUAAACUUGAGCAACAUUUCCCCAUAUUGGCCACUGAUUAUAGAUUGAUAGACAAAAUAGGUGAAGGUACGUUUUCCACCGUAUACAAAGCAGAGGCAAUCAACGGCAGAAUCAGACUCAAUAGUGACGUUUGGAAAUCACCCCCUUUAAAAAAACACAAGACUGCCAUGGGUGAUGCCGCAUUGACAAAGAUAAAGAAGAGAAAGAAUGCUAUUGUUGCUUUAAAGCAAAUUUAUGUCACGUCAUCACCAAACAGAAUAUUCAAUGAGUUGAAUUUGCUUUACAUGCUUACUGGUAACUCAAGAGUUGCUCCGUUGUUGGAUGUUUUGCGUCACCAAGAUCAAAUAGUGGCUAUAUUGCCUUAUUACCAUCAUUAUGAUUUUCGUGAUUUCUUCCGUGAUUUGCCUGUCAAGGGAAUAAAGAAGUAUAUGUGGGAACUUUUUCAAGCUUUGGAGUAUGUUCACAGUAAAGGAAUUAUUCAUCGUGAUUUGAAACCAACAAAUUUCCUUUACGAUCCAUUCAAAGGACGUGGCGUUUUGGUCGAUUUUGGAUUAGCUGAAAAGCAAGCUACGCAAUUGACGUCCAAUUCUUCUUCCUCUACAUCGACCAGCUGCCCUUGUUUGUCGAAAGAGUCCCUUGUUACCAACAAAUCUUUAUCGAAAAGAAUGUACGUGAAAGGUGCAUACCCCAAAUCCGAUAAUCGACCACCAAGAAGAGCCAACAGGGCUGGUACUAGGGGGUUUAGAGCACCUGAAGUUUUGUUUAAAUGCACAAACCAAACUACCCAAAUUGAUAUUUGGUCAGCAGGAAUCGUUGGGUUUUCGUUGUUAACUCGUAAGUUCCCUUUGUUCAAUUCGCCUGAUGAUACUGAUGCCAUCUUGGAAUUGGCAUGGAUUUUUGGAUACGAGAAAUUGGUCAAAUGUGCUGAGUUACAUGGGUGUGGGUUGGAAAUCUCCAUUAAUCAAUUGCAUAAAACCAAUGGCAAUUUGAUCAAGAUUUUGUACGAUUUCUUGAAAACCGAGGUUGACAAUGACAGUGUCCCUGAGGAUAGUGUCAUUUUUGAUACUUUGAAUCUAUUCAACUCAACUGGGGAAAAGUUUAUUAGGCCUACAUAUACUGAGGAACCCAAUAUAUCUCAAGAUGAACGCAAUUUGAUGAUUGAUGAGUUUAAAAAGGAAAUGGAAGAUUACAAGGAUCAUAAGUAUUUAAUGGAGUUGUUGUAUUCGUGUUUCAGAUUGGAUCCAACAAAGAGAUUAACUGCAAAGGAAAUACUCAGGUUGCCAUUUUUCCAUGAGUUGUCUCCCUUGGAUAAAGAUGAAGAUAUAUUAUUCUAA